AAUAUAUCUUAUUGUAGAGGUUACAUGUACAUUCUGAAAUAACAAAUAUAAAAAAGAUGAAAUGGAGGACGUGAAAGUGAGGAAAUUUGGACCGGCGUGUGGAAAGCAUGGAUCAAGUACCUUUUAUAAGGCAUUUAAAUACAGAAAGGGUGGAAAUAACAAAAUUAUUAGUAUUGGACAGUUUUUCUUUAUGAAGAUACUAGACUCCAUUCCUAUAUGCAUAGCCGAGUUACAACUGGUUUGGGAGGAUAAACAUUCUUCGUCCGAGCUCGCAAGUGUGCGAUUGUAUUUUUUGCCAGAAUGUACCCCUGAUGGGAGGUUGCCAAGUCACGGAGAGGAUGAAGUCCUCGCGUACUAUGAGAAGAUAAUUCUCAAACUGAGUGACUUGGCCUCGUUGAUUGUUCAUGAUGUGUCAUGGAACGAGGGUCGGAUGGCAGUCACUGGGCAGGACCAUCCGACAGAGCCACGGUACCGGGAACUUGCGGACACAUUCUCCAUGAACAGCUAUGGACUUGACAACAGAGACAUCCAGAAAGAACAGAAUGCUGCAGAAGAAAAGCUGCCCAGCAACCAGGACACGUCGCCAGGCGUGGUCGUCAUGACGUACCCGCGCUACUGUCGCUAUCGCUGCAUGGUGAAACGGCUCGAGAACUGUGAGGACAAAUGGAUGAAGCACGUACUCGUUUGCGCAGUGGGCGGGUUUGCUGCGGCCAAUGCAAACAACCGAGUCUACUUCUGCCGAGAUACGUUUGAGCACAGCGAUUUAGAUGACUUUGAACUGCGCUGUGAUCACUUAGCCCCUAACUUUAAGGGUCGCCCAAAGAAGCGUAGGGGAUCAUCAUUGAAACGGGACCCUGCCAAUGAUUCGUCAGAGGAGAGCAGUUGCUCUUCAAGCUUCUCAGCACAGAAUGAUGCCAACAGCAAAGUCAGGACUGGUUCCCGUGCAACCCCGCUUCGCAAUGGUUUCCGUAUCGACCAGGGGAAGGUGAGCAAGGAUGAGCAGACGUUCCUGAUGGACCUGCACCAGUUCAUGAGGCGACGUAACACUCCUAUUGGUCGGAUUCCAAGCCUUGGGUUUAAACAGAUUGACCUGUUUCACUUUUACACUUUGGCAAUGGACAUUGGAGGCUAUGAACAGAUCUCUAACAAACGUAUGUGGAAACAUUUGUAUGACAAAUUGGGCGGAAAUUCCGGUUUUACAAGCGCAGCCACAUGUACCAGGCGACAUUAUGAAAAACUUCUGUUGCCGUAUGAGCGGUACCGGAACGGAGCUGACGUCCCCUACCGACACCCGGACAAGAAGAAGAAACCAAGGAAUGAGCCUGCACUGAGUGCGGCAGAGAAACUAGAUCUUCCUGCCCCAGACCACAAAGCUUCUGCAAAUGACAGGGUCACUCAAGGGUACUAUCAUACCCAAAUCACUGAACGUGCAAGCCAGUUGGCCUAUCAGCCGCAGAAUGACCCUGCUGCAGCCACCUCCACGUUGCAUGUUACCUCAGACCUUCCGAGGGAGCUCCCUAGUCCGGACAAGGCUCUUAUUAUCAAACAGGAAAUAGAGAAAAUGAAAAUGAGAAAGGAUGCUAAGAAACUGAAUUCCAAUGUGGACAAACAUUCUGAGAAUGUCAGCAAAACGCACCAAAAUACUGCAUCUAAAUCGGUUGUCCAGGAGACCGCUAGUGUUGCUAAGGAAACUGAAACUAAGUCUGCCAGCGUUAAUCAAAGUGUGCCAAGUCCCCAAGUAGAAAUACACAAAAAAGAGAAGAUCACUGGAACUAAUGACCCGAAUUUGAUGAAACUAUAUGCAGUAUCCCAACAGGGUGAAAAGCGCUUAUUUUCUGGUCAUUCCGCUCAAGUGAGUUUUCAGAAUCGAAAGCCAUUUGGAGGCCAGAAGACAGUGCGUGAACUGCUGCAUCAGAAUGGCCAGGAAGCCAAAGAAACAAAUAGUGCCAUAAAGACAGAAAAGGAACCCAAAGAGCCACAAAUCAGUGCAGGUAGAAAUGAAAGGCCAGACCAUGCCCAUGGAGCUGUACGUGUGAAAGCAGAGAACACUGAUGUGAGGCCACACAUCCCUUCCUCAAGUGCAAACUCUAAUGCUAAGCCCUUGCCUGCUGCAUAUAUGCCGAUACCCAGUCAGGCCCAGCCUGUGUUCUACCCUCAGUUUCUCCCGAUGGGUGGGAACAUGGCGUCUGUGGGUCUGCCUGCAUUCAUGGUGCCUCAGUUCGGGUACCACACCAUCCCAGCCAGCAUGGUCCAGACCCAUGUUGGCUCCCAGCCUGGCGCAGUCAAGUCAGAGAAACCUUUGAAAGCUUUGAACAGUCCUGUGAGCAGCCACAGUGACAGUGCAAAUAAAAGUGCAAUUCCCCAUCCUCAUCCCAGCAGACCCAGCAUCAUCAGCCCCCCCUCCGCUCACUCUUCCACCAUUCAUUAUUCAUCAUCGCCACAGUCAACCUUGUUCUCGCCGGGUGUUACCAGCAAAUCUCACAAUCCUCGACCCAUCCUUCCCGCUCAUUCAAACAAUGCCAAACGCAUGUAUCCGUACUCUGAUGCAAAUAGCGUUAAAAGUGACUCAGGUGUAUACAAUACAACACCCGCACAUGAUGGAGACAUCAAACGACAAAAGCUCAACAGAUCUCAGCCAGAGGGCGUUUUCCCCUCGAAUUCAAAUGCUCUGGAUAUACCAGUGCUGGAUUUAAGCAUGAAGACAAUGAAGGCCCAGGAGGCAAGGCAUCAACGCGGAGAAUCUUUACUCUUUAACACAAGUUUCAAUCGACAACCAGGAAUGGUGGCUGUAAAGGAGAAACUCACUGACAGUCCUCAGGAUCUCUCAAGGAAAAUGCAAUUGAUCCCAACUAGAAAUUUGAACACAAGUAGCGAAUCGAACACAAGUAGAGAUUUGAACACAAGUAGAGAAUUGAACACAAGUAGAGAUAAGGGAGAAAGAAAACAAAAUAAUCAUAAAGGAAUCCCAUUAAAUGUGCCUAAGCCAGUGAUACCUGUGAAAAAAGAAGAACCUGUGAAAACAGAGGCUGCAGUGUCUCCCCAGGUGGGCAGCAAGCUGUUCCCGGGCAUGGUCACCAGUAUAGGUGGGUUCCCUAUCGACCUCGCGACCUUUGUGCACCCAGCCUUCCAGAGUCAGCUGAUGAUGGGGUCAUCCCCAGGACUUGGCCAUUUCCCCACCCCACUCCAGCUGCAGCAGAUGAUACAGGGUCAGGUUGCCACGGCGAUGCCGUACCUGAGGUCAGAGUUCCUCCAGAGUCCGGCCAUGUUCCAGGUAGGCAUGACCCCUGUCUCCUCCCAGCCAAUGUUCACCGCAGUCCCGCCCACAUCCGUACGGUCUAACACUGCAAACCAGUCCUCCAAUGCGGGCAAGAGAUAACUAUUACAGGGAUGACUAACACUGCAAACCAGUCCUCCAAUACAGGCAAGAGAUAAGGAUUGCUUACACUGCAAACAAGUCAUCCAAUGUGGGCAAAAGAUAACUGUUACAACUUACAAGGAUAACUUGCCAAUGACAUUCAUUUAGACACAUGUAUAUGACGUCAAUACAACCACUGUAUGGUCUUAUGAAAAUGACUCGGCCAACGGGGCAAUUGACAACAGUUACAGUGACAACUCAGCCAACGGGGCAAUUGACAAGGGUUACAGUGACAACUCAGCCAACGGGGCAAUGGACAACAGUUACAGUGACAACUCAGCCAACGGGGCAAUGGACAACAGUUACAGUGACAACUCAGCCAACGGGGCAAUGGACAAGGGUUACAGUGACAACUCAGCCAAUGGGGCAAUGGACAACAGUUACAGUGACAACUCAGCCAACGGGGCAAUGGACAAGGGUUACAGUGCUGUUGUAUAAUGAGGGAUGCUACAAUUGACAUUCAUGUAUACCAGUAGAUAAGAUAUGUGUUGAUGUGCAAAUAGAGGAUCAGUUGGAAAAAAAGAUGCAACUGUUGUUUGAACUUUUCCACUGUGGAUAACAUGCUUGAGUCUUGGGGAAAAAACUUGGCCAUUUUUUAAAGUUGAUGGAAUGUCGGACAAACCAUGGGCAUCAAAUUGAUUGCAAGCAGUCUGUAUCUGCCAUAAAGAGAAAGCCUUUUGACAUUCCUGUCAUUCCUGUCAUUGCACAGGCUAAUCUGAAAUGACACAUUAUGCUUGUCAUGCAUUAAGCCCCAUUUUCCCAGAACAAGACUCAAGGUAUUGUGAAAUUCGGAAAUCCAGGAAAUUACUGACCCUUUUCAAAUGAACACCAUGUGCUUGGAUAAAGCUUACAGAAAUUAAAGUUUAUGUCACAAAUGUGCUUGUAUCAUGUAAUUGCUUAUGUACAUGCCUACAAUUCAUUUCAAAGAAUGUUUUAUCUGUGAAGAACAUGCUUGAAGCAUUAUUAAUGGUUUAGUUGCAAUAUUAUGAAAUGGUAGAUAAGGUUCUUAGAAAGGGGCAGAGGAACAUAUAUGAGCUGUGCUCUGUAAAAAGGGGUUUUAAUACAUGUGCAUAAAGUGUCAUCCCAGAUUAGCCUGUGUAGUCCACACAGGCUAAACAGGAGCAACACUUUCUUCCAAAACUGGACUUUUGCAUCGAAGAGCCUUUCUGAAAAGAAAAAAUACCAUAAAAGCUUAGUAUCUUCCCUGAUCAGCCUGUGCAGACUGCACAGGCUAAUCUGGGACACCACUUUACGCACAUUCAUUAAACCCCCUUUUCACAGUGCACGGCUCAUAUUUAUUAGCACAUGAACUUGCCUGUUUAUAUUGUAGCUACUGAAUGUUAAAUUGUUAUAAUCCAUGUGUAUGUGGAACAUGUUUGCCCCUGAAUUGAGACAUAUGUGAUUAUCACAUGGUCUGUCAGAACCAAUGGUCUAGUUUACUUUGUAUAGCCCAUUUCUUGUGUGGGUUACAACUCUGCAAGUAUUGAAGUUAUUCACAUGAUCUUUUGCAUAGUGAUAGAUGACUUAAAGGGAAAAUGUUGAAUACAUGGACCAUAACUCUCUUCAGUAUAUACAGAGUAAUUAAUUACCCUUUGUUAAUUUUUCAUUUGCCAAGCAUACCUUCAUAGGUAUUGAAAGGAAUAAAAUAUAACAUCAUAUAUUGAUACUAGAGGACAUUAAAAUGUCAACCCUAUAUCUUUCUAUAGUAUUAUUGAUUUAUUGACCUUUUGUUACCCUAUUUUGUGACUAUGUCAUGCAUGCAUGGACAUCGUUUUCUUGUCUGGUGAUCUUUUUAAACAUUCAUGCAAUCAUGCAGUUUUAUGGUCUGUGGUUAAAUGAUGCAAUUACCUAGUUGGUUGUCCAUUUUAGAUAUUAUUUGUCAAAAUCAAUUAUAAUUACAUAUAAAGAAUUUUUGACAAAACACAGUUUAUUCCCAGAAAGAUGGUUUAUGCCUAAUUAGCAGAGAACUGUUUUUGUUUUCGGAGAAAAUCCGAAGUAUUGUCAUAGCCAGCUCGUCGUCCGCCGUCCAAUUCCCCCAUCCGACGUAGGCGUCGUGCUAAAACCUUAACAUUGGCUCUAAAAUCAAAGUGCUUCCACCUUCAACUUUAAAACUUCAUAUGUAGAUGCACCUUGAUGAGUUCUACACGCCACACCCAUUUUUGGGUCACUAGGUCAAAGGUCACUGUGACCUCUAAUAUUAAACUUUAACAUAGGCUCUAAAAUCAAAGUGCUUCCACCUACAAUUUUGAAACUUCAUAUGUAGAUGCACCUUGAUGAGUUCUACACGCCACAACCAUUUUUGGGUCACUAGGUCAAAGGUCAAGGUCACUGUGAGCUCUAAUAUUAAACUUUAACAUAAGCCUUUACAUUUGCUCUAAAAUCAAAGUGCAUCCACCUACAACUUUGAAACUUCAUAAGUAGAUGCACCUUGAUGAGUUCUACACGCCAUACCCAUUUUUGGGUCACUAGGUCAAAGGUCAAGGUCACAGUGACCUCUAAAAAAAAAGCUUUCGCAGCCGAGCGUGGCACCCGUUAUGCGGUACUCUUCUUAUUACUUGUUAUACACUUAAUUUGUAAAUGUUCUGUUACACAUUUGUUUUCUCUGUUUCUGUGUAUUUGGACUUUUAAAUUACUAAAUUGUUAAAUAUAUAUAAUAUUUUGGAGUUUGUUUCUUGUGUUCUUUAUAUUUGUUAUUUGUUAAUUGAUAUAUUCUAACUGUUUUUCAGGAACCUGUAUUUUAAGUUCUUUUCACUUUGAUUCAUAAACUUGAAAGUGAAAUAUGUCAAGAAUAUUUGUAAAUGUUUUUUCAUGAAACUUAAAAAAAAUGUUUAUAUGAGUAACUUCUAAAAAUCUGAUGUUUAUUUUUUAAUAAAUUAAAUUUUAAUUUAGGUAAAUGUGAGCCUUGCUCUAUGAAAAGAGGAUAUAAUGCAUGUGCGUAAAGUGUCAUCCCAGAUUAGCCUCUGCAGUCUGCACAGGCUAAUCAGGGACGACACUUUCCGCCUAAACUGGAUUUAAGCAAAGAAGAGACUUUCUGUAAACCAAAAAUAUCAUAAAAGCGGAAAGUGUUGUCCCUGAUUAGCCUGUGCAAACUGCACAGGCUAAUUUGUGAUGACACUUUACGCACAUGCAUUAAAUCCUCUUUACACAGAGCACGGCCCAAAUUGCUUUCAGGUACAGUAACUUUGCACACAUGCAUAAAGCCCAUAUUGCCAGAGCAAGGCGCAAGUGUUUUUCUGACAUCAUACAUACCUUUGACAGUGGCAUUUUGAGCAUGUUUAUUGCAUUCUACUUGUUGCUGCAUUUAAGAAGUUUCUAGUCACCGUAUUGAGAGUUCAGUGUGUUCAGGCCACCAUCAUUGCAUUUCCACUUCAUUCAUGUUUAUCACAGUCAUAUGCCAUGAGUCAAACAUCAGAGACAUACACGAUAUAACCCUUGAAUUACUUUAUGUUCACUUACAUGCAGAGUUCACAUAUGAGAAUCCCCCAAAUGACCUGUUUUUCAUACCCAGAUUAAUAUAGUUUGUUUAAAGUAUGCACAUUAGUUUAUGAAUAUUAAUUGUAGUACAAACGUUUUUUUUUCUUAUGUUCAAAAUGACCUCAUAGUGUGGGACAAAUGUUAUGGAUAUGCAUUUCGAUGAAGAUAAUAGGUAAAAUGACAUGCUUUUCUUUGAGCGGUGCUUAAGCUAGCAUUUGUGAUGGCAGGGUGAUCCUUUGUCAAAAGUUUCACUUUAUAGCUGUUGUAUUAUCACAGUCGUAGAAAUAUAACAUGUGUUAUAUAUUUCACACUUAUGCAUUUCAUGUUACAAUUAAAAUAUGCUGUACAAUAAUGUUAUCAGAUCCUAAAAGGGAAUGGUUGGGGGUCUAGGGGGCAGGAAGGGGUCUAAGGAGGGCAGGACUCUAAGGGCUGAGCUGGAAAACUGUUCAAGUCACUUGUGGCCUUGAGUGUUUUCAUUAUAGAUUACAUCAACUCGCGGUGGUAAUCCCAUUAACUCUUUCAGUGCUGGAACCGAAUUUUGAAGGCCUUUGUAAACAGUUUGGAUCCAGAUGAGACGCCACAGAAUGUGGUGUCUCAUCAGGAUCCAAACUGUUUGCUAUUCUGAUAGUAUUCUUUGAAAAAAAUCGAAGAAAAUGCUAAUUUUAGAAAUUCAGCAGACGACAUUUUAGCAGACAACAAAUUUCACAGCAUUCAAUAGUAUUUUACUUCAUAUCAUCAGUUGUUGAGCUUUCAAGUUUCAAGUUUAUUUGUGUCUUGUUCUGAGAAAACUGGGCUUAAUGCUUGUGCAUAAAGUGCCGUCCCAGAUUAGCCUGUGUAGUCCGCACAGGCUAAUCAGGGACGACACUUUCCGCUUUAACGGUAUUUUUAGUUUGAAGGAAGUCCCUUCUUACCGAAAAUCAAGUUAAAGCCGAAAGUGUCGUCCCUGAUUAGCCUGUGCGGACUGCACAGGCUAAUCUGGGACGGCACUUUACGCACAUGCAUUCUGCCCAGUUUUGUCAAAACAAGACACAUUAAUGCCUAAACUCUGUGGGCAUUCACUCUUUUAUUUAAAUAUUUUGAAAAACACUGCUAUUUUGAUCAUUGCAUUCAUACUGAAUGUGUGCUUAUUGUUUAACCCUCAAUAAUUUUAAUGCUUUAAUAAUUGGUCAAUUGACCUUGAAUUUUGCAGUUGAAUGUUGCCUUAAAACACAUUUCAAAAGGAUAUGUUUACAGUAGUGUUCUGUUAACUUUUGUGUAAGAAUAAAAGUGCUUAAAGAGUUUUACAAAUUAUGCAAGUAAAUGUAGUAAUGUAAUCAGAAAUAUCCAUGUUAUUAUGCAUUUGAAAUAGCGGUGAUCACAAGUAUAAUAGUGUUAUAAGUGUUGCAUUCACUUUUAUAAAUGGAGACAAAAUGCUAUAAAAAACUUAAAAAUUCAAAAGCUAAUGUCGUUACUUUUAUCUAUCUUGUAGUCAUUAGUUUUGAAAAUAUUGGACUUGUUACCAAAAAUGGAGUCGGGCCAGUUAACUCAGUUUUUACCUAUCUUGUAGUCAUUAGUUUUGAAAAUAUUGGACUUGUUACCAAAAAUGGAGUCGGGCCAGUUAACUCAGUUAGUAGAAAACUGGACUACAAGUCUGAGAAUCACAGGGUUGAUUCCCAGCCGGGCCACAUAACUUGUGUGGGGAUAGGUCAUCACGGGGUUGAUUCCCAGCCGGGCCACAUAACUUGUGUGGUGAUAGGUCAUGAAAUCCUUUCUACUGCCAUUCUUCCCCUUCCUCAGAUUCAACCCUUCACCACUUAGAUACGUAUUUAACCCUUUACCACUUAGAUACAUAUUCAACCCUUUACCACUUAGAUACAUAUUUAACACUUAGAUACGUAUUUAAGUCGGGCAGUUGCCAGUUACUCUCAUAAGUAUAGGCAGCAAGCUAACCCUGGGAAAGUGUGCGUUGGCUAACUGACAGGUAUGAUAGGACUGCAAUACUGUUGAAAACUAUGAAAACCACAUGUAAACAAACAAGAGAACUUGAAUAAGUAAUGCUAUAAUUGAUAGCACCAUAGUAUUAAAUUACACCAGUAUUUUGCCCAUACAUGUAACUAGGUGGUCAUCAUUUACUGAAAAGUUGUAUAGUAAUAUAUAGAUGUAAUGAAUGUAUAGAUUAAGAACAUUCAUGCAAGUACCUUAUGUUGAUGCAAAGCUAUCACAUUAUAUGUUUAUUAUAUAAUUACUCAUUGUCAUAUUAUGUAGCAUUCAAUUUGAGUGGCGUCAUGCGAACAUGGUUCUUAUGCUAUAUGCGGCCAGUGUAGCUCCCGGCCUGCCUACGCAGUUGCGCAGUCUUGUCAGGAGCUGCGCUGUCUGCUAUAAAGUUAUGCAAGGUUUAAUGGUCUUAUUACUGGAGAGGGAAGCUCCCUACUGACUGCAGGAAGCUCCCUACUGAAUGCAGGACUAUGCUGUCUUGCAUGGCGCUACACUGGCUGCAUAUGGCAUAAGACCCAUUUUUGCUUGAUGUGGCUUGUUUGUAAAUUUAUCAUCUAGCCGUAAAUUUAUCAUCUAGCCAUAUAUGUCAAAUAUGUUUGGAUGUUAAAUCUGUUUGCAAGUUAACAACAUGCUGUUGAAAUUUAUUUGUUUUAUGAUAUUUCCUUUGACUUACAAACUUACAACAUGUAAAUCCUUUAAUCUCAUGUUGGUAUAUAUUACUUAAUCGGUAUAUUUGUACACUAUAUUAAUUAUUGCGGUCAAUAAAAAUAAUUAUUAAAUAUGA